CUUUACCAAACCAAAGAUCUCAAAUUCAACCAUUUCAAUGUCCGUGUGAUGGGGAGAAAGCCAAAGACGUUUUGAGUUCGAUCGUAGAGGAAAAACUCUUCAUACCAUCACCAUCACAUGGGAGAAGAGCCACCUCCACCGUUACACUACUUUUCUUCCACGCACUUCUCCUCUUACUCUUCCGAAACAAUCACUUCUCUUUCAGAGGCGUUUUAAUUGCUUCUAUUCUCCCCUCUUUUGGCCUUCACUUCAAUCCUUUUUAGUCUUUCAGAGCAGCAUUCAUCUGGGUUCCGUUCUUCCUUUCUCUUCUCCUCUUUUUUGUUUUUUGAUCUUGGUGCCUUUUAUUCUGUUCUGCCAUAUCUUUUUUUUUUUUUUUUUUAAAGUUUCGUGGGUCUCUUUGGAGAUCUAUGGAGGAGAAUCGGUUGUUUCAAUGGAGCGUGUUUCGAGCUAUUCUCGCCAUUCUUCAGUGGUGGGGCUUCAAUGUUACAGUGAUUAUCAUGAACAAAUGGAUCUUUCAGAAAUUGGAUUUUAAGUUUCCUCUGUCUGUGUCCUGCAUUCACUUCAUCUGCUCAGCUAUUGGAGCAUACUUUGUAAUCAAGGUUCUGAAGAUUAAACCACUGAUAGAGGUCAAUCCUGAAGACCGUUGGAGAAGGAUAUUCCCCAUGUCUUUUGUGUUCUGUAUCAACAUUGUACUGGGGAAUGUGAGCUUACGAUAUAUUCCAGUUUCUUUUAUGCAGACUAUAAAAUCAUUCACUCCUGCAACAACAGUUGUUCUGCAGUGGCUACUUUGGAGGAAAUCCUUUGACUGGAGAAUUUGGGCUUCUUUGGUACCCAUUGUGGGAGGAAUUCUUCUCACCUCUGUUACUGAGCUUAGUUUCAACAUAUUUGGAUUCUGUGCUGCAUUAUUUGGUUGUCUUGCUACAUCUACGAAGACCAUACUUGCAGAGUCCCUACUUCAUGGAUACAAGUUUGACAGUAUCAACACAGUGUACUACAUGGCACCUUUUGCAACUAUGAUCUUGGCAUUACCAGCAUUACUACUUGAAGGUGCUGGAGUCAUGAAUUGGCUUUCUACAAACGAGUCUGUCGGCUCAUCACUUGUCAUAAUAGUCAGCUCAGGAGUAAUGGCUUUCUUUUUGAACUUUUCCAUCUUCUACGUAAUCCACUCUACGACUGCUGUCACAUUCAAUGUUGCUGGUAAUCUCAAGGUUGCAGUUGCUGUUUUGGCUUCUUGGUCGGUAUUUCAUAAUCCAAUCCCAGCUCUGAAUGCCAUGGGGUGUGCAGUGACACUUGUUGGUUGUACAUUUUAUGGGUAUGUGAGGCACAAGCUUUCCCAACAGCCACCAGGAACGCCCAGAACACCCCGGACCCCUCGGAAUCAGCUGGAGAUUAUUCCUCUUGUAAAUGAUAAAUUAGAUUAUAAAGUCUAAUUUAAAGAUCUUUGAUGCAAUGCUUUCUUGUAAACUUGCAUUUGAUCAGUUGAUAGUGUUGUGCCUU